UGCGCUUUCGCGCUCCAAUCCAGUAGGGGGCGGUAAUGCACCUCUGAGCUGGUUGCCAAACAAGAAGAAGUGUGCGCGCGCUUGACUCCGCCCUCUCCUCCAUUUUCUUCUGCGGGACGAUAGACGCGGCUUCCGUUUUUGUUGGUGGGUGAAAAUGUCCUGCGGAGGGUGAAAGAGUCCGUCAAACGAUGGAGUGACCAAAGUCCCGCUAUGGAGAUGGAACUCAAGAUAUCAGAACUCUGCAGCAGCCUCGUACUCUUUGUUUGUGGAUCCUCCGGCGGAUGAAAUGUUCUUCAGAGGUGGAAAGAUUCAUCACUGACGAUCAUCUGCUGCCGAGUUUCCACCACAUCUUCCUCUGCUGUGAAGGAGAGACGGAAGGAAGAGGAUCCUGCUGCAGAUGGAGACCCGGAGAGCAGAUGUCCAGUUGCUGCCUGUGAUUAAAAAUGAAGAAAAAGACUGCAUCUCCCGUUCAAUCCAGGAGGGACAAGAACAGCAUCUCUUUAAAGAAGGAAUGGAGGAUAUUGGCAAAAGAGAAGAAGAUGAUGUCACUCUGUUCUCCUUCACUCAUGUCCAGGUGAAGAGUGAAGAUAUUGAAACAAUGAGCAACAUCACUCCACACAUAAAAACAGAAGCUGGUGGAGACACCUGUGGAGGAGCAGAAGCAGCCAGUGACUUGGAUACACCUCUCCUCCCUGACCAGCAGAGGUCGCCUUGUUCUGACUCUGACACUGAUGACAGUGAGGACUGGAGAGAAACCAGUGACACUCAGUCAUGUUUAAAGGUUUGUGUGAGAGAGAAGCAAGAUGAUGUGGAUCACAAAUCGCCAGUCUGCCCUGGAUGUGGGAGGAAAUGUUCCUCAAAAGCUGGACUGACUCGACACAUGAAGUGCUGCUCGAAGGAACCUUUGACUUGUUCAGUUUGUGGAAAAUGUUUUGAAAGGAGACAGUAUCUGAAGAUCCACAUGAGAGGGCACAUGGAAGAAACACCUUUCCGCUGCCCUCAGUGCGGUAAGUUUUUUACACAGCGUGAGCACCUGAAAGUCCACAUGAGAAUUCACACUGGAGAAAAACCUUUCUGUUGCUCCCAGUGUGGAAAAUGUUUUAUGCGGAGUGAACACCUGAAGGGACACAUGCAAGUUCACACAGGAGAAAAACCCUUCAACUGCUCUCAGUGUGGUAAAUGUUUUGCACGGAAAUAUCAAUUGAAGUCUCACACAACCAUUCACACUGGAGAAAAACCUUUUAGCUGCUCUCAGUGUGGUAAAUCUUAUACAGAGAGGGGACGUCUGAAGGAACACGUGAGAAUUCACACUGGAGUCAAACCGUUUGUCUGCUCUCAUUGUGGCGAUUGUUUCAUCGGUAGACGUCAACUCAUGUGUCACAUGAGUAUUCACACAGGCGAAAAACCUUUCAACUGCUCUCUCUGUGGUAACACUUUUACACGGAACUACCAACUCAAGAUACACAUGAGACUUCACACCGGUGAAAAACCUUUCAGCUGCUCAUUGUGUGGUGAAUCUUUUACUCGGAACUAUCAACUGAACAUACACAUGAGACAGCACACAGGUGAGAAACCUUUCAGCUGUUCACUGUGUCGUGAUUCUUUUGCACAGCGCCAGCAACUCAAGACUCACAUGAAAAGUCACGCAGUUGAAAAAGUAGUCGGUGCAGCACAAUGGCAGGAGCGAAGCACACUGGAGGCCUGAGACUACAUUGUAACUUAUUAGAGGGUCCAAGUUCAGACGGCGGAGGCUGGGAAGUAGCAUCUUCUCCAGAGCUGGUCCUGAUAAGAGCCACCUUGGUCCGGAGGAGGGGAGCAAGCCUUGUGGUCGUUGCCAUGGUUACGAGGGAGCCAGCGACCAGGACUGGCGUCAACAGCGGAGGACCAAUCGGACGAGGACGGAGCCCCACGUGGAGAAACUUGUGUAUAAAGGGUCAUGACCUCAGAUGGUUUUUUGUCGCUCUACCGGACCUCUGCUAAGGCUAAGUCAGGCGUCGUUGCUAACCCAGGAUUCUGCUCAUGUAUUAGACUCCUCUGUCAGGGAAUACAUUUCUUAGACAUAACUUGUUGGAUUCUUGGUAGUUAUUCUCACGGCUAAAUGGACGUGCUUGACUUCAGAAGGUCUCUGAACAUCUAU